AUAUAAACAAACUCCAUAAGAUGUAAAUUUAACAACGUGCAUCAAAUAAAAAGAAUAAUAUAUUCAAAAAGGAAAAAAAAAGUCUUACCCUCUCCCCUUUUACCUUUUUAUUUUCUUUUCUUAGAGAAGGAUGAAGAAGGUUGUAACAGAUAUAUAUAUAUAUAUAUUAGUGAUUCAUCGUACUUGGUAGUGCUAACUUAAAAAAAAAAAAAAAAAAAAACGUUUGGAUUGUUUGUUUCCUUACAAUAACAAACCUUUAAAUUUUAUUUAUAUAAAUAAAUAUCAACCUUGGAAUUCCAAGAGCCUCCCCUUGGCUGUGAUGACUACUAACCUCAACCAAGAUUGGCCCGAACCCAUAGUUCGUGUCCAAUCCCUCUCGGAGAGUGGUUGCUCCGCCGUCCCUUCCCGUUACAUCAAGCCUUUGUCCGACCGCCCUACCGUUUUCUCUGUCGCCUCUCCCACCACAAACAUCCCAAUUAUUGACAUCCACGGCUUCGCUCUCGAUCAAGACGACUCCCUUCGACACACCAUUCUUAGCCAAGUCUCUGACGCCUGUCGUAAUUGGGGGUUCUUUCAAAUCAUUAAUCACGGCAUCCGGGAUGAGCUUCUCGACGGUGUCCGUCGUGCAUGGUAUGAUUUUUUCAAAUUGCCAGUGGAGAUGAAACAAACUUAUGCCAAUAGUCCUAAGACUUAUGAAGGAUAUGGUAGUCGCCUUGGUGUUCAAAAAGGAGCUAUUCUUGAUUGGAGUGACUACUUUUUUCUUCACUAUCUUCCUUCUCAUCUCAAAGAUCACAAUAAAUGGCCCGUUAUACCCAACUCUAUCAGAGAAUUGACAGAGGAGUAUGGGGAAGAAGUAGUGAAGGUAGGAGGAAAAUUGUUGAAGCUUUUAUCACUAAAUUUGGGGCUUCAAGAAGGGUACCUACAAAAUGCAUUUGGAGGAGAAGAUGUUGGAGCAUGUUUGAGAGUGAAUUAUUAUCCAAAAUGCCCACAACCGGAGUUGACGUUGGGGCUAUCAUCGCACUCCGACCCCGGUGGAUUGACGUUCCUACUUCCGGACGAUAAAGUUGCUGGACUUCAGGUUCGAAAAGACGAUAAAUGGAUUACUGUGAAACCAGCUCCUCAUGCUAUUAUAGUUAAUGUGGGGGAUCAAGUUCAGGUUCUAAGCAAUGCAAUAUACAGAAGUGUGGAGCAUAGAGUAAUUGUGAACUCAGAUAAAGAACGUGUUUCAUUAGCUUUCUUCUACAAUCCCAAGAGUGAUAUUCCAAUAGGACCAACAAAAGCGCUAAUUACGAGAGAUAGACCCGCACUUUAUUCUCCAAUGACGUUUGACGAAUACCGACUUUUCAUUCGGACGAGAGGUCCUCAAGGUAAAUCCCAUGUAGAUUCACUAAGGUCACCAAGAUAGCCAACAAAUUCUGUACCAUGUAAAGAUCAGAAUCAGCCUCUGGAAGUCCCUUUGUUUGUUUGUUUUUUUCCUUUUUAAUUCCUUUAAAUUUUGUUUACUUGUAAAUCCACUUGAAAAAGGAAGAAAGGAAAAAGAAAUAAAAUCCAAUUAAUCCCACUAGAUAAAAAAUGUACAUCUUCUGGUUUGUACAUCAAAAAGGGUAACCAUAUAGGGAAGAUAUAAAGUCAAUUAUGUUGUUAACAUA